AUGCCAGGGAUUGUCGUGUUCCGCCGGCGCUGGUCUGUGGGCAGCGAUGACCUGGUUCUGCCAGCAGUCUUCCUCUUCCUCCUGCAUACCACCUGGUUUGUGAUCCUCUCUGUGGUGCUCUUUGGGCUGGUGUACAACCCCAACGAGACCUGCUCCCUUAACCUGGUGGACCACGGCAGAGGCUACCUGGGCAUCCUGCUCAGCUGUAUGAUCGCAGAGGUGGCAAUCAUCUGGCUCAGCAUGAGAGGCAGCAUCCUCUACACAGAGCCCCGGGACUCCAUGCAGUAUGUGCUCUAUGUCAGACUGGCUAUCUUGGUGAUUGAAUUUGUCUAUGCUAUUGUGGGCAUCGUUUGGCUAACGCAGUACUACGCUUCCUGCAAUGAUCUCACAGCAAAGAGUGUCACUUUGGGGAUGGUGGUGUGCAACUGGGUGGUCAUCCUGAGCGUCUGCAUCACUGUCCUCUGUGUCUUUGACCCCACUGGCCGGACCUUCGUCAAGCUGCGCGCCACGAAACGCCGGCAGCGCAACCUCAGGACCUACAACCUCCGCCACCGCCUGGAGGAAGGACAGGCCAGCAGCUGGACACGCAGGCUCAAGGUGUUCCUCUGCUGCACAAGGACAAAAGACUCUCAGUCGGAUGCCUACUCAGAGAUUGCCUACCUCUUCGCCGAGUUCUUCCGCGACCUGGACAUCGUCCCCUCCGACAUCAUCGCGGGGCUGGUGCUCCUGCGGCAGAGGCAACGGGCCAAGCGCAGCGCCGUGCUGGACGAGGCCAACAAUGACAUUUUAGCUUUUCUGUCUGGGAUGCCAGUGACCAGGAACACGAAGUAUCUGGAUCUGAAGAACGCGCAAGAGAUGCAGCGGUACAAAGAGGUGUGUUACUACAUGCUGUUUGCCCUGGCUGCCUAUGGCUGGCCCAUAUACCUGAUGAGGAAGCCCACAUGUGGACUCUGUCGCCUGGCCAGAUCCUGCUCGUGCUGCUGCCUGUGCCCCACGAGGCCCCGCUACGGGCCAGGGGUCACCAUCGAGGAGGACAACUGCUGUGGCUGCAAUGCCAUCGCCACCCGCCGCCACUUCCUGGAUGAGAACAUGACCUCGGUGGACAUCGUUUACACCUCCUGCCACGAUGCUGUUUAUGAAACACCUUUCUAUGUGGCUGUGGACCACGAGAAGAAGAAGGUGGUCAUUAGUAUCCGAGGAACUCUGUCUCCAAAAGAUGCCCUGACUGACCUAACUGGGGAUGCAGAGCGCCUUCCAGUUGAGGGUCACCAUGGAACGUGGCUGGGCCACAAGGGGAUGGUGCUGUCUGCUGAGUACAUCAAGAAGAAACUGGAGCAGGAAAUGGUGCUUUCUCAAGCUUUUGGAAGAGAUUUAGGGAGAGGAACGAAACACUAUGGCCUGAUCGUGGUGGGUCACUCCCUGGGGGCUGGCACUGCUGCCAUCCUGUCCUUCCUCCUGCGCCCACAGUACCCCUCCCUCAAGUGCUUUGCCUACUCCCCCCCUGGGGGGCUGCUGAGUGAGGACGCCAUGGAGUAUUCAAAAGAGUUUGUGACUGCAGUCGUGCUUGGCAAAGAUCUAGUGCCCAG